AUAACAUUAAACUGGAUAUAACGUAGCAUUUUCCCGUCUUAUGCAAGCGACUAUAAUUUGGCGCUUCUCGUCAGAGAGAUGACCUGCAUAAAGCGACUGUUUUCCAGAAGACCUCGCUCCAAAGUCGGGUGGUUGAUGAUAGGUGAAGCCCUCACCUCCUGCAGGUGCUUUCAUGCUGAACUAGUGAGACACGAAUCUCGCGGACUUCCAAUAGUUCAUCACAGCAAAUAUGUGUGUGACCUCCCACCCAAUCACAGGUUUCCAAUGGGCAAGUUCCCCCGGGUUUUACGCUGUUUGCUCAAAGAUCAGGUCAUUACAGAGAAACAGGUGUGGGUCCCUGAAAUUGCCUCUAAGGACUUACUGAGCUGUGUGCACACUGAGGACUACCUGCACAACUUCAUAAAUGGGAAACUAAGUGAGCAAGAGCAAAGGAGGACAGGGUUCCCCUGGAGUGAAGGCAUAGUGAGGCGCUGUCGAUAUGAAACGGGUGGGACUGUUCUGGCUGCUGAAGUAGCUCUGCAGAGGGGUCUGGCUUGCAGCACUGCAGGAGGAACCCAUCAUGCUUUUCCCAGCUAUGGUUCAGGGUUUUGUCUCCUCAAUGAUUUAGCAGUCGCAGCCAAAUAUGUGAUGGACAGCUCCCCGACCAAAUGCAAAGUUCUCAUUGUGGAUCUAGAUGUUCAUCAGGGUGACGGCACCGCUUUCAUCUUUAAAGAGGAGCCAUCUGUGUUUACGUUCUCAGUGCACUGUGGGAAAAACUUCCCCCUCCGUAAACAACAGAGCGACCUAGAUAUCAGCGUGGAGGAUGGGCUGGAGGACGAGGAUUACCUCUCUGCAGUUCAGACCCACCUUCCCUGGCUGCUGGAAACCUUUCGCCCAGACCUGGUUCUGUAUGACGCAGGGGUUGAUCCUCACUGGGAGGAUGAACUCGGGAGGCUUCGCCUGACAGACCAGGACUCUGGUGAGCAGAGGUGUCCCCGUCGCUGCUGUUAUUGGUGGAGGAUACUCCAGAGACAUCGACAGACUGGCUGUCAGACACUCUAUCGUCCACAGAGCAGCAGCUCAGGUUUGGAGGGAGUGUGGCGUGUAAAACUCAUCCCCCUAAUCGAGAGGAUCCUCGGUGGGUUACUGAUACCUGAGAGGCGAUGCCGUUGUUCAUCGUUGGGAAAGUUGCAAAAAUGUAAUAUAAUACAACCAGUACUUCAUUUGCAUAUUUAUUUACUGUACACAGUACAGAUUUAUUAUAGCAGAUAAAUGUUACCUGAUCACAAGUUUUUGCAGUAUGAACCUUUAUUACUGGAGCUGCCCAGCAGACCUCUUCCUGUUGAUGUUGUUCCUAUAUCAUCAUCAUCAUCAUCAUCAUCAUCAUCAUCAUCAUCAUCAUCAUCAUAAUCACUGCAACUGACUA